ACAAGUAUUCAUCAACAACAUGGAGAAAUCACUCCUCUUGGCGUCCUGCAGGAUGCGGAUUCUUCAGACGCAAUGGUUGGUAGCGCAACCUGUGCGACUCUCAGUUUGCAGGCGAUGUCAACUACAUACUACCGCUGGCUACAGCGCCUUGCCCAACAACCUCCCAGCAUUUGCAGGUCCCCCGCCAGAGGCACCUCAAGCUUCCGUCUCAUAUCCCCUGGGCCGUAUUGCACGGAGGAAGCAGCAGGCUGAAAGCCUACGCCGGGGUCAGAAUAUCAAGGAUGCCAAAUCCGAAACCCUCUUAUCACGACGUUUCUGGCGGGAAGUCUCGGUCAAGGAGAACGAAAAGGGCGAUCUACAGGUCCUGCUGGAUAAGCGACCGGUGCGCCUGGCCUCAAAGGAGCCAUUGGCUUUACCGAAGACGAAGCGCGCGCUCGCCACCGCCAUAGCUAUCGAGUGGGACUCUCUCAUCACAUCGCAACAAGCACUCAAACACCACUACAUUCCGCUCACCUCAUUAACCUCAAGAGCCUUGGACAUUCAGAGCGCAGAUGAGCAAGGACACAGUAUUAUCCGUGAGCAGCUACAGCAAAUGCUGAUGCGCUACCUCGCCACGGAUACGUUGCUCUGCUGGGCGCCAGAGACAAAUCUUCACGAUCCGCUGGAGACCCAGAAGGACGGCGGCUUUAGUCUUCGACAAAGUCAGAAGGCUGCCGCUGAACCAAUCAUCGCUUACCUUGCCACACAUAUCUUCCCCGGAGUGGAGAUAAUCCCUGUGCUUGGGGCUGACAGUAUCGUGCCAGCGCGACAGCCGCAACUCACGCAGGAUGUGAUCCGCGGCUGGAUUGCAGGUUUGCCAGCAUUUGAAUUGGCUGCAUUGGAACGUGGUGUCCUGGCGACCAAGAGUUUGCUUGUUGCGGCGCGUGUCCUGGUAGCAUAUAGCACACAUUGGCAGCAACUCAGACAGCAAGAACCGAAAAGCCAUCGAUUCGGUAUUGAGGAGGCGGCAGAGGCAGCGACGCUCGAAGUCGCGCAUCAAACGCAGCAAUGGGGUGAGGUGGAGGAUACCCACGACGUGGAAAAGGAGGAUCUUCGAAAGCAACUAGGCAGUGCUAUCUUGCUUGUGAGCUGAAGUCUUUUGACAAGUGUCCCGGGAUCACACACACAUAUUUCACAGUGUGUGACUCGGGCGUUGCAGAAUCACCUUUCUGGUAAGAUUCGCCUCAUGCAUCCUCUAAAUACCACCAAUGGAUGUUGCGUGACAAGCUCGUGCGGGCAACCAUGUACAUCAACAACAAGCACCAUGAAAAUUCCAGCGGUAUGCUUCGCCAAACUCCAGGCAGUCUAUCACACAUUGCAGCAAGUUCGAAACGCAGAGAACCUUAAAUGUUUUACUUGACAACCCGGUGCCAAAAUUGGCAAGACAACGCGGGUAUUGAAUCAGACAGGCUUAACAUCUAGAAAUUGUCCCUCCAAUAUUGAUACGAUA